AUGACACUGGAGACUCAUUUUCCUCUUGUUUUCCGGGAAAUGUUGAGGAUGAGAGAGGAAGUUUCGAAUUGGUUUUCCAAAUGGGAAGAAGAGCUUCCGUCGCCGGAAGAGCUCAUACCGUUAUCUCAGUCACUAAUCACUCCCGAUCUCGCCAUCGCCUUCGAUCUCCGCAGCCCUAACCACCGUAACGACGGAAAUUCCGGUCAGCCUCUGCCUCAGACCACGCCGCCACAAGCCAAUUCCUCCGCCGAAUUCGCCGCGGAUUCUAACGGCGACGAACCAGCAAGGACCCUGAAACGACCGCGUUUAGUCUGGACGCCGCAGCUGCACAAGCGUUUCGUAGACGCGGUGGCGCAUCUCGGGAUCAAAAACGCCGUUCCCAAAACCAUCAUGCAGCUCAUGAGCGUCGACGGGUUGACCAGAGAAAACGUCGCAAGCCAUUUGCAAAAGUACCGACUUUACCUCAAAAGGAUGCAAUCCGGCGGCGGAGGCGGCGGUGGAGGAAACGUCGGCGAGUCCGAUCUUCUCUUCGCGAGCUCGCCUGUUCCUGCACAUUUCCUCCACCCGACAGGUAGACAAAGCUCCGAACAUUUCAUGCCGUCUUUUGUCCCAAUAGCGGCUCUUCAGCAUCACCAGCAGCAACCACCUCAGUUCCUCCACCGGCAAAUCUCCGCCGCGAAUUUCACCUCUCCAGCGAGCAACGGGAAAGCGAUGGAGCAGUCGCUGUUCUUGGCAAGGCAGAGUCAGCAGCAGCCAGUUCUCAUCAGACCAUCUUCAUUGCAUUUGCAUAGUCAAUUGGCUAAUAACGCAGAGGAUUUUGAAUCAGGAGCCAAGACCGUCUUGACUCUGUUUCCAUCUCGAGACGAUUGAACGAACAUCUAUUUUUAGGUUGGAACAUCCAUAGACAAUCCGAGCUCUGUUUUUUUUUUUUUUGGUCUUUUGUUUGUGCAAUGUAGUAGAUCCGGUCAGUACCAGGCUCUGUGACCGGAUCUGUGUUUAAUGAUUCUGUUUUACUAUGUUUCAAAGUGUCUCUACAAAUCUUCAGGAACAUUGGCCUCCUUGGCCUGUAAAAAGAUUGAGUGUUUUUUUCUCUGUUAAAUCCUGAUUGGAUAAAAAGAAGUGAUCUUUUCAACUUGUUUAGAUUUAAUUAUUCAACUACUUUUUAUUGCUUCUGUUGUUUGUGCUUGUGGUUCUAGAUUUGUUCGUUAAAAGUUGUUCAUAGCUUUGCAAUUAAUAUAGCAUUUGCAGCUUCU